GAAACCGGGAGCAUGGUCUCAAACGCUUUGUUUGAUUCUCGUCCAGUCUCAUACCGCAACAGAUUGCUCUUUGUCUUAACAAUCUUCAAGGUCAGCAUAGAUACAAAGGACAAAGGACUUGGUAUUUCCUUUAUAAGUUGAGCUUCUCGGUCCACUCCAAGUAGUCGGAUAUAAGAACCAGGAUGACUGAGAAACCGCUGGUCUAUUCCCAAGAAUCCAAAGUUCGACAGUACCUGUCAUUUACCCUGUUUUCUAACUGCAUAGAGCAGGCCAAAGGGGGAAUAAAAUGGAAGCACAAUCCACAAAGGAAGAAUCAUGGGAUGAUUGCAUGAAAUGGGCAUUGACAGAGCUCUGGCAGACGUCGAUUCUCGCCGAUGUCACAGUCCAGACGAGCACCAAAGCUUUCAAAGCACAUAAAAUUGUCCUGGCGUCCCAUUCUGACUGGUUUUCGACGUAUUUUCAAACCCGACAGGACAACCUCGUGAUGCUCGAUGACAGCAGCACCUUCGACACCGAUGCUGUGGAACGUGUGCUCGAAUACAUGUACAACGGGAAUUACAACGCCGUGGACGGCAGCCCUGUGCAAUCUGCUAUUAUUCACGCCAGGGUUUGUAUCACUGCAGAGGAGUUCCACAUGACUUCGUUGCAGAAUAUUGCGUUCCAACGGUUCCGAGAUACCGUCAGAGCGUGCUACCUGCAUGCUGACUUCCCUGUCAUCAUCUCUACAGUGUAUGGCAUUCGACGAUGCGGCAUGUGGUCGAUUCGCCGGGAGGUGGUCGAGACUUGUGCUCGGAAUUUCGAUGAUCUAUGCCGGAAUAGAGGAUUCUCAAACGUUUGGAUUGACUGUCCGGGGUUUGCGGCUGAUCUUUGUCGCCAAUUCAUUGAGUGAUGAAGAUGAAGCUUCUAGGCUGCACAUUGUCUCUCAAUUCCUGUGGCUAUUAAGCUAGAUAUAAUAUAAACAAUGUCUGGAUAAUUAUAUGUCUGCUGUCAGCGGGAAGCCGCGGCUUGUCUCGUCGGUACUGAGACACAGUUUGAAUCAACAGAAUAGCACUCGAUUGAAAGUAAAAGAAUAAUAUAAGA